AAUAAUGCAAUUUAAGUCCAUCAAACCAACAAACCAAUCGUUUGCGUCAUACUUCAUAUUAUCUUUUUUGCGAAUCGUGCUGGUGUUCGUACCACAGCUCGGUUACAUUCAUCCAGACGAAUUUUUCCAAUCGGUCGAGGUCGUUGCCGGUGAUGAGUAUGGGUUGGAAGUUACUCGUACUUGGGAAUUCAAUACCACGUUCCCGAUCCGUUCGAUGGCUAUAUCGUACUUUGGCAUGAAAAUACCGUUCUCACUACUGCGAUUCGUUUCUAUGUACACGAACUACUAUCUGGGCAUUAACCUUCGGGGGAGCUACGUUACGCUAGUGUUUCCCCGGCUGCUAAUGGUUGCCCUAUCGUUCGUUAACGAUUGGAGCCUUUACCGUAUCUGCCGGUCCUAUGGACUGCAGUACCAGUUCCGCCUGAUUAUCCUUGCCAGCUCGUACGUAAUGCUGGUGUACGCGACGCACACGUUUUCGAACUCGAUCGAAAUGGCACUUUGCUCGCUUCUUCUGUACAUCGUAAGUGAUUGUAUGAUCCACUCGAACACAAUCAUCUACCAGCAGGAAUUCCUCGAUGAAAAGUACCGCAAGGCACAACGAACCAUCGAGAAAGUACGGUUCUACAAGCUGAAAAUGUCACUUCCGUCACACUCGCUGAACAAGUGCGUUAUUAUGGCCACACUGUGCGUGGUGGGUGUCUUCAAUCGACCCACGUUCAUCCUAUUCGGCAUGCCACUCGUUUUCCACUGGCUUCUGAGAGGGAUGGGCACCAAGAUGGUUUCGUUUACCGACUUCAACCUGCGCGUCUUAACCUUUUUUCUGUCGGCAAUUCCCUCGUUGGUGCUGUUCAUCGUGGUCGAUUCGAUCUACUACGGGUACCUUACGAUGGCUGAGAUAGACUGGCAGGAGAUUGGCAUUAACAACUUUGUGGUAACACCGGUAAACUUCAUACGGUACAAUAUCGUUUCGGAAAAUACCGCCCAACAUGGCGUGCAUCCUUUCUACACGCACGUGUUCGUGAAUGUUCCCCUGCUAUACAAUGUGCUUGGCGUGCUAGCUGUAUUAUCGCUUAUAUUCCUCAUUUAUCGGUUUGCUUCCAACGAUUAUACGAGUUUACCUCGUGCACAAUCCUUCGUUGGUCUCAUGCUGUCGGCGAUCUUUUUUCCCAUUAUCAGCCUUUCAUUGAUCAACCAUCAAGAGGCCCGAUUUCUGAUACCCAUUACUGUCCCUUUGGUGUUACUACACGCUCCGAAGCUACAGGUGGGACUUACCACAAGCUACCCGUUCAAAGUAUCCUCUCGGUUGAAGGAUUUCCUCUAUCAUUAUUUUCUCGGGCCAGCCGUAAGCCCCAAAUACCUGCUGAAGCUCUGGUACACCACAAACGUGUUUCUGACGUUGUUCUAUGGUUUUCUGCACCAGGGCGGGGUAUAUCAGGUGGCGGAAUACUUUAGCCGGCAGGCAGAUGUGCGUUCGACCAAUGUGCAGAUUCAUCUCGUCACCAGCCACAUAUAUAGUUUGCCACAGUGUUUCGUAGGGAUGCCAAGCACGGAGACGUUGCUGGUCAAUCCGAACAACGGACAAAAGUAUCGCCGCACGAAGCAGUUCUUCCUGUACGAGUACGGUUCCCUCGAUCUGGAGCAACUCUACCGCAAGCUGAAACUGCUGGUGGACGUUUGCGAGAUGCGCUCGAUCAGCGCCAACCAACGGUACCGACUGUACCUAGCCAUUCCGUCCAGCCUGUCCGAGCAGCUGAAUGACAUCUUCCAGAAUCGUACGGCGGCCCUUAUCAAGCACAGUCAGGUGCGCGUCUUCUAUCCGCAUCUGUCUAUCGAAGCGUUACCGAAAAUGUUCGGCCAACACCCGUGCGGUAUCAACACGGACGCGGACGAGCUGGACGACACCUGCCCGAUCUACGCCCUGGAGGACGAGCAGAAUCCGUUCAGCGUGGGGCGGCUGCUGAAGCAGUUCUCCUCGGUGGUGCACCAGUUCGGCCUGAUUCUCUAUCGUAUCGAGGUACGACGGAUCAAAUAACACUUACAACACCACCAUCCAGCUUCCCGCGACGGACGGGCCACGGCCUGGGUUUGGACUGAUACCAGAAGCUAGUCAUCGUUUUUUCGUCUUCAAUGCGUGCGUCAAAAGCGCCGUUGACGCAGCCACCGUCACACGCUUAUCAAUGAUUUAGCACCAGUUUGCUAAUGAAGGUUGGACACACAACGUCCAAGGCUAAAAAUGACCAUUUAUAUUCCAUUCCAAGCACUAGUAUAGUUUUCUACUUCACGUGCAAAAGUUAACCAAAUAAACGCUUUGGAUUUUGAAG